AGCACACUUAGAAUAUAUACUUUAUAAAUUUGUGACAUGAUUUAGAAAUAAUAUACAGUGAGUUAUAACAAUUUUCCCAAUAUCGAAGCCGAAAAGAACUUCUUGACAAUGUGUUUGAAAACAUAGAAUAGAAGCUAUGCCUCUCAGAAAUUCUCACAGUCAAAUUGAAGAACAAAUAGACACCUUCAUCCAGAACUUUAAAAGGAAUAGUGCCGUGUUUGUAAGUAAUUUCAAUCUUGAGAAUUAUGGGGCGACACUGAGGCAUACAUUCAGUGCUGGACAACUUAGUCCUUCAAACCAUAACAGAAGCAAGAGGUCGUCUUUUGUGUCCAACUGCUCAUCUUCAUCGAGGAGAACAUCGACGGAUGCAUCGAAUUUUUCUUUUUCUGACGGAGAAUCAUUUUACCAUGGAGACGCAGACGAUAGCGACAGCAGUAGUGAUGAAACAAUGGAAGAAAACGAUUGUUCUUUAUGUGUGCAAGAUGUUGCUUAUUUAUUACAAAACAGAUAUGCCAUCAUAACAGGAGGAAAAUCUUUGGAAGGUUUUCCAAUUAUUACUUUUCCUGAUUCAUCUGUGGAAUUUUUAAAUCUCUCUGAUGAUGAAUACAAGAAAUUGAUGCUAUUUUUAACUGGUGUGCCAUGCAUGCAAGAUGCAGAUAGAGGGUUUGUUCUUAUUAUCGAUAGAAGAAAUGAUAAAUGGAGCUCUGUAAAAGCAGUUUUACUUAGAAUUGCUGGUUUUUUUCCAGCUUUGAUACAAUUAGUUUUUGUUUUAAGGCCUGUGGGUUUCUUGCAAAAAGCAAUAUCUGGUGUCAGUAAUAAAUUUUUUAAAGAAGAGUUUAAAUUCAAGGUUAUUGUUUGUACAACAGUUGAAGAACUUCACUCUUACAUUGAUAUUAGUCAGCUAACCGAUGAUCUGGGAGGAAGCAUUGCAUAUGAUCAUGAUAGUUGGAUUCAACAAAGAACGGCUGUUGAAAGAUUCUCAGCUAAUACAAAAGAAAUAUCAAUUACUCUACAAGAUGCAAUUAUUCAGUGGCAGUCGAGUACUCUGCCAAAUGAUGUUGAAACAACAACAAUCCUGCUAGAAGAACAUUCAAAAGAACAGCAAGAAUUGAAAGAUGAUAUUCAAAGUGCAAUCCGACAUGGAGAAACGCUAUUAAGCUGUAUUCGACGUCCCUCAGAAGAAGAUGCAUCUCUUGAUCUCUGUCCUGAUAAGUUGAUCAAUGUGGCUACUGUAGAAAGAUUAUUAAUACAAUUAGAUGAGACAGCAAAGAAUUUCGAUUCUUUCUGGGAAGAUCAUAAAGAAAAACUUCAAAAGUGUUUAGAACUGCGGCAUUUUGAACAGGAUUUCAAAGAGAUCCAAAGUGUCUUAUCAUCUUGCAUUGAUAAAUUAGCUGACAUGCCGAUUUCUGCUGACUCAGCUUCACAAGUUCAAGAAGUUUUAAGAAAUGUUGAAGAAUUUGAUCAAAGUGCUCAGGUUGAGUUAAAUAAAGCGAUAGAGUUGAAAGAGAUGGGUGAGAAGCUCAUUGGUGAUAAUCACUAUGGUGUUGAUUCCAUUGCUCCGAAGUGUGUAGAACUUGAGAAGAUGGUAGGUGACUUCAAACAGCAGCUUCAUCAUAAGCUUGACAUGCUUAGGAAAUAUUGUGAUCUGCAUGAAAAAAUAGAAAAGGCAAACAAAUGGUGUACGGAAGGUGUUGAAUUCUUAGCCUCUCAUCAGAUUGAAAAGUGCACUUGCCAUGAGUUUGCUGCAAGAGCCUUAAAAAAUGUAGAAGAGUUUUUGCAGAAAGGUUCUGAUCUUCAAAUCAGUGAAGAAUUAGAAAACCAUCCUAUUCUUAAAGGUGCUAUUUCGCCAGAAACAAGAGUACUUGUGCAACAGGUCCUAAAACGUUUAGAAGAUAUGAAAACAGUGUGUGAAAAGCGCAAAGCUAGUUUAGAAAAGUUAGCUGCUAAACCAGUACGACCUGUCCAAGCUGUUGUUCCUGAGCCUAAAGUGCCUUCUCAUGUUCAAUUGCGUAGGCCCUCACCAGAUGGUGAUCGAAAACUUCAUAAGAAAGGCUCAAAGACUACUAUUGAGAUUUGUUUUGAAGAGAAUGAGGCUGAAGAAGCUCCAUACUUUUAUCCUAUUCGAAGUGAUUCUAAUCCUCCUUCUCAACGUAAUAGUGCUGAUGUAUUAAAGUUGAAACAAUGGCACGUCAUGACUGAACUCAUCGAAACUGAAAAAACUUAUGUCACUGAAUUGAACAGCAUAUUAACUGGGUAUAUGAAGCAAAUUGAUAAUCCUGCCACGAGUGACCUAGUUCCUCCUGUGCUUUUUGAUAAAAAAGAUGUCCUAUUUGGAAAUAUGUCAGAUAUUUAUUUAUUUCAUUACAACACUUUUUUAAUUGACCUUGAGGGUUGUAGCAGCACUCCUGAACAAGUUGGAAAAUGUUUUGUGCGUAGAAGUGAUUCCUUCCAUAAACUAUAUAGUUUUUAUUGCCUGAAUAAGCCUAAAUCUGAAUCCCUCCGUCGACAAUGUGGUGACGACAAUCCUUUUUUUAAAGAAUGCCAGAGAAAUCUUGGUCAUAAAUUACCACUCGGUGCCUAUUUGCUAAAACCUGUCCAAAGAAUUACAAAAUACCAGUUGUUACUGCAGGAUCUUUUAAAAUUUUGUGAAGAAAAUAUAGUUGAACUUAAAGAAGCUUUAGACACAAUGUUAGCUGUGCUAAAAUAUGUGAAUGAUAGCAUGCACCAAGUAGCCAUCACAGGGUUCCAUGGUUGCCUAACAGAUUAUGGGCAAUUACUUUUACAAGGACCUUUUAAUGUUUGGGUUGAAAAUAAAAAGGAUCGAAUCCGAGAUUUGAGAUUUAAAGCUCAUCAGAGAUACAUAUUUCUCUAUGAAGGAUUAGUAUUAUUUACCAAAAAAUUUGGACGUGAAGAAAGUCCCAGUUAUGCCUUCAAAAACUCAUUAAAAACGUCACAAAUAGGAUUAACUGAAAAUAUGCAUGGCAGUAAAGCUGAAGGUCGGAAGUUUGAACUUUGGUUGCAUGGUCGAAAACAAAUUUAUAUUCUACAGGCUCCUACACCUGAAACUAAACUUAAAUGGGUUGCUCAAAUUAAAAAAGUACUUUUUCAGCAGUUUGAGCAUCUGAAAGAUGAAAACAAAAAACUAUAUUCUGAAAAAAUUAAAAGUUUGAAUGGUUUAAUAUCCCAGUCUCCUGUUUCUAAAAGAGGUCAUGUUGUAUCUAGUCAAAGCUGGGAUAAUACACCUCCUGUAAAUAACAAUAUAAUGGACAAAGCACCUGAAAAGACCAGAAGAUCUACCAUCACAUCGGACGAUAGCUUUCAAAAAGAGGACCUUGACAAUCAUGAUGAUGGUUGGUCCACUGAUGAGCUAUCACAAACUGAAGAUGAAGACGAAGAUGGAGACAUCUUUCUUCAAACAGCUGAAGUUAAAGGUAGAUAUGUUGUUCUUGGUGACUAUGCAGCUGUAGAUGUUGGUGAAGUUUCUCUACAUGAGGGUCAAGUCGUUGAGGUAGAAAAAAUAGGAUGUGCCGGUUGGUGGUACGUAAGAGGAUUAGAUGCAGGGUGCCAAGGGUGGGUUCCAGCUACUUAUUUAGGCCCCAUCAGUCAGAAUAACAAACGAGGUUCUAGAUCAUCACCAUCUAUCAGUAGUCAAGACUCAGGAAGUGGUAGCCUUCAACGUGCAGCUAGUAAAACAAGUGUUGCUAGUAACAUGAGCAAUACAAGUCAAGAGGCAGCUAAUUCCUGAUAAUUGAGUAUUUAAUUAACUAUAAUAAAAUCUUAUUUAUAGAAUUUCUACUUAUCCACAAUUAACUUCCGUCACACAAAUAUAUUUAUCUUACAGUUGUUUGUUGUAUAUUUGUUGUAUUUUCUCACUGAUAAUCAGAUUUUUAUAUGUUAUCAAUUUAAUUUUCUAAUUUUAUAACGGAACAUUUUUACAAUGAUGGCUCUUUAGCAUCUUAUUGUUAUAACUCAAUUUCCAAGUUUUUUUUUGUUAGCAUUUCAGCUAAUCAUAAUUUAAACAGCUAAAAUUAAAUUAUUUUACUAAAGCAAAUCCUAAUCUAUAUAUUUUAUAAAUGUGUUUUUUCAGUUGUCUCUUUGAAUUUUUAAUUGAAAAUAGUGAUCAAAUUCUGGUACAAAACUGUAUAUACAUUUUUAGUCAUUGUAUAGAUGUCAGAUUUAGGUCAUUAAAAACAUCAUUGGAGUAAAUCAUAUUAUUUAUAAGGUUGUGUAUUAAUAAAAUUGUUUCUUUUGUUGUUUAAGAUAUAAUGUUUUGUACAUAUUUGUAAAAAAAUGCAUUUUCUUGUAAAUAUGUUGUUGUUUUGUGAGAUGUCAUUUAUUUAUUUCACCUGUAUACCUUAGUUUGCAUUUAAAUUGGAUGAAAAUAGACAUACAAAUUAAUUAGAAUUGUAUAGUUUUUAAUCAUUGACUGAAUGCAGUAAAUUUCAGAAAUGUAAUAGAAAAUCAAUAGAAUAGAAAAAUGAUUUUAAUUACAUUUUUUAAUAAUAGCAUUGAUUUUAAAACUGUGCACAGGCAGAAUUUUAAAGAGGCGAACUAUUUCCUCUUACACUUUAUUUAAAAUAAUUUCAUAACUAUACAAUAUAUAGUGAUGCAUGCACGCUUUACAUCAAUUAUUAUUUAUUUAAAAUACAUAGUUGGCACUUUGGUGCAUGGACAAAUUUUGUGAGAAUAUUUCUUCCUGAUAGUUUCCCUAUCUAUUGAUGUAAGGAAAAUAACUUUGCUAAGCAGGGAAGCAUGCAGUUCAAAUUGUGACUUCUAAAUGCAAGACUUUAUAAAAUAACAUUGAAUUUAUUAUUAAAUAAUAAUUCAUUUUUGUUAGAUAUUUUCUGUUAAGUUUUCAAAAUUUUAUCCUAAAUUUUUUAUUACCUACUUUCAGAACUUUAUUUCAGAUAAUGUAGGGUAAUAGAUUGGCUAUAAUACCUAUUAUUGAUGUUUAUAUGAUUGGUUAUUUUUUGUAAAAUAUCAAAAAUGAUCAGAUGUUUAUUUACUGUACUUUUUAUAUGAGAAAGAAAAUAUGUGUGUUCUAGAAUAAGGCUUGAAAAUUAUUUAUCACCAGUAAAACUGUAUGUAAGACUUUUAAAAAAAUAACCUUAAAUUUUGAGAAAAAAAUUCAUUUUGAAAUUGAAUGAAAAUGUACUUGGUUAAUAAAAAUGUAUAAAUUAUUCAUAGGUAACUUUUAAAUUUAAAUAAAUUUAUUGAAAGUCGUUCAAUUAAUUCCAAAUCUCAUGGACAUUGAAAUCAUAGUUAUCAAUAUCAAAAUAGUGUGCAAUUUUUAUAAGCUUUGCUGUUUUUACUACAGGAUUGAAAAGCUGUAAAUUUUUACUCUUGAAUAAAGGUUUCUGUUUGAAUUGAAA